GAUCUAGUAUCCCCUUCCGACAUUGGUCUCCUAACAACUGCCCCUUCUCUAGUCGCAAAGCUUUUGACCAAUGCUGCGCAACACACCUCUCCUAAUGAUCCCAACGUCCGCGGUUGGCAAGACUACGGAUGCUUCAGGUCCAGCGACUCCUUUAGCAAUACCCUAACAGCGGUGGCUACAUCCUCGAUCACCCUUGGCAUGAGCCCUCAGAUUUGUAUCGGCGUGUGCGCCGCUCGAGGUGCGGACUAUUCUUUUGUAAUUGGCGAUUCUUGCAGCUGCAGUGUCACGCGUCCUCCCCCAGCUGCUGGUUCGACAAAAUGCAACACCCCCUGUAGUGCUUCCACGGCUCUCACCUGCGGCAACCCUGCAACCAACGCAUACUCUGUCUUUAGGAGAAUCAUUGCUCCGAACAAUGCGAUACCUCUACCCACGGGUCCCGCGGCAAACACGUUCAAAUAUGGCGGAUGCUUUCUUGCGAGCGGAUUCAUCGCAGAUGCUGAGACCGCUGGUCUUGUCCUCGAAAACACAGAUAUCGAGGCUUGCUCCAAAGCUGCCAGUGAGCAAGGACUCAGAUAUCUGGCUGGUAUCGGUCUUUGUGCCAACGAAUGUCCUGGCAAGCCUACUCAGUCCUGCGGUGGUGCAAUUUCGCAAGGUGAAGGCCUGCUCAGACGCCAAGCUACCAGUAACGACCUCUUGAUCACGCUCUUCGAGCUCGCACCGCCAGUACCCUUAACCGCCCCC